CCCGAAGGCCUCCUGAUGCCCCUGCCCCGGGCGAUGACGUUCAUCCAGGCCGCAGCCAUCCCCGAGGCCUGGUUAACAGCCUUUCAGCUGCUGCAUUUUGUAGGUAAAAUACAGAAGGGUGAGAGGGUGUUGAUCCACGCUGGAGCCAGUGGGGUUGGGAUUGCAGCCAUCCAGCUGGCGAGGCUGGCACAAGCUGUGCCCAUCGUGACAGCAGGAUCUGAAGAGAAGCUGAAAGCCACCGCAAACGCCGGAGCAGCGGCGGGCUUCAACUACAAGAAUGAAGAUUUCAGUGAGAAGGUCUUGGCGUUCACCCAAGGUUCCGGUGUAGAUGUUAUUUUAGAUUGUGUUGGUGGCUCAUACUGGGAGAAGAAUCUCAGCUGUCUGAGUACUGAUGGGAGGUGGAUUAUCUACGGAUUGCUGAGUGGAGGUGAAGUACACGGAGAUCUCCUGGCAAGGCUGCUUUCCAAACGAGCGAGCAUCCACACGAGUCUGUUACGCUCACGAGACAAGGAGUACAAGGAACGCCUGGUGAAAGCCUUCACAGAAGACGUCCUGCCAUAUUUUUCUGGAGGAGCCUCCCCUCACCUCCAACCAGUUGUUGACAGUGUUUACCCUCUGCAUAAGAUUGCAGAGGCUCACAGGAUGAUGGAAGAAAACAAGAACAUUGGCAAAAUCGUCAUCGAAAUGCCUGCUUCAUCUUAA